AUGGCUUGUGACAAUGUUCUCAACUACGAAGUUGUCCUUGCGGAAGGGACCGUCGCCAACGUCAGUCAAACAUCCCAACCCGACCUCUUUCGUGCACUCAAGGGCGGUGGGAACCAGUUCGGCAUCGUGACGCGCUUCAGUCUCAAGACAUACAAGCAAACGACACAGGUUUGGGCCGGUAUCUUGACCUUCUCUAUCGACAAGGCCAGUCAAGUUUUCAACGCCACGCAGACCUUCAUCGCUAGGUAUGAUCCUCUAUCACACAUGUACCUCAGCAUGGGAGGGGGCUCCAACCCUCAACUGUCAUUUAUAAACGUCUAUAUCUUUUACAACGCCUCUUCACCACCGACCGGCGACGCAAAUCCUUUUGCAGCCUUUUACGCAGCCGAACCAAUUGCAGACACAACCUCCACAAAGAGCUACUCAACCCUGAUAGCAUUGAACAACAAUGGCAACACGCCUCAGAACCGUUGGUUGAUCGGUGGCCACACAUUCCCUAACUUAUUGGCGCCGUACGGCGCUGAUAUGUACCUGAAGCAAUGGCAGGCCUUUCGAGACAUGGCCAACGCCACAGCAGCCGGUGAUCAGAACCUGCUCUUUUCCAUGGCGUUGGUGCCAGUACCAGCAGUCGCGAUGCGAGCUGGUGAGAACGUUACAGGGGUACAGAACAUGCUUGGCCUUGAACCUGACGCUGGUGAUGCCGUUUGGAUCGACUACACGCUAGCCUGGCUGGAUACCAAGGACGACAGAAAGAUGUUCGGGUUUGUCGAGCGCAUCAGCAAUGCCGGAGAUAGGUUAGCAACGUCCUUUGCGCCUGGAGUAGCCAGCACAAACGCCAUCCCGGGUGCUGUAACAGCCAAGGAGGCAGAGUUUUACCGGACUAACCCGCGGUACAUGAACUACGCGCUUCUGGACCAGCCUGUGCAGUCUAGUUACGGUAAGAAGAAUGAGCGGUUCCUGAAGCGUGUGCAGAAGCGAUAUGACCCGAAUGGUUUAUGGAGAAAGAACGGUGGAUUUUUGUGGGAUUGA